GGCUGGCGAGAUGCGGGCUUCCCUGGCUCCGGGGAUCUGGUUCCUCCGCGCCUUCUCCAGGGACAGCUGGUUCCGAGGCUUCAUCCUGCUGCUCACCUUCCUCGUUUAUACCUGUUACCACAUGUCCAGGAAGCCCAUCAGUGUCGUCAAGAGUCGUUUGCACCAGAACUGUUCUGACCUGAUCAAGCCCAUCAAUGACACCCAUACGAUCAAUGACACCACGUGGUGCAGCUGGGCUCCCUUUGACAAGGACAACUACAAGGAGUUACUGGGGGCGGUGGACAAUGCCUUCCUUGUGGCCUAUGCCAUCGGCAUGUUUAUCAGUGGGAUUUUUGGGGAGCGGCUCCCCAUCCGUUAUUACCUGUCGGCCGGAAUGCUGCUCAGUGGCCUUUUCACCGCCCUCUUUGGCAUGGGCUAUUUCUGGAACGUCCACAUGCUCUGGUACUUUGUGCUCAUCCAGAUCUGUAAUGGACUCGUCCAGACCACAGGCUGGCCCUCCGUGGUGACCUGCGUGGGCAACUGGUUUGGGAAGGGAAGGCGGGGGCUCAUCAUGGGCAUCUGGAAUUCCCACACAUCUGUGGGCAACAUCGUGGGCUCCCUGCUUGCCGGCAUCUGGGUGAACGAGCAGUGGGGCCUGUCCUUUGUCGUGCCUGGUGUCAUUACCGCGGCCAUGGGUGCCUUCACCUUCCUCUUCCUCGUAGAAUACCCGGAAGACGUGGACUGUGCCCCUCCUCAGCACCAUAGCAGUCCGGGAGAGGAUGAGGACAACCCCGAGGACCCUGCCAACGACCCCUGCUCGGACAGGGAGGGCCACCUGGACGCUGCCACCAAAUGCUCCAAGGACCCGAGCGCCAAGCCUGCUGCCAUCAGCUUCCUUGGGGCGCUCCGAAUCCCGGGCGUGAUAGAGUUCUCUUUGUGCCUGCUCUUUGCCAAGCUGGUCAGCUACACGUUCCUCUACUGGCUCCCCCUCUACAUCUUCAACGUGGCUCACUUUGACGCCAAGGAGGCUGGGGACCUCUCGACACUCUUCGAUGUUGGUGGCAUCAUAGGCGGCAUCCUGGCCGGGCUCAUCUCUGACUACACCAGUGGCAGGGCCACCACCUGCUGCAUCAUGCUCAUCCUGGCUGCCCCCAUGAUGUUCCUGUACAACUACAGUGGCCAGAGCGGGAUGACCAGCUCCAUAGUCAUGCUGAUCAUCUGUGGGGCCCUGGUCAACGGCCCAUAUGCACUCAUCACCACCGCGGUCUCGGCUGACCUGGGCACUCAUCAGAGCCUGAAGGGCAAUGCCAAGGCGCUCUCCACCGUCUCCGCCAUCAUUGACGGUACCGGCUCCGUAGGUGCCGCCCUGGGGCCUCUGCUGGCCGGGCUCAUUUCCCCCACAGGCUGGAACAAUGUCUUCUACAUGCUCAUCUCGGCCGACAUCCUGGCCUGCUUGUUCCUCUGCCGGUUGGUGUACAAAGAGAUCCUGGCCUGGAAGACGUCCCUGAGCAGUGGUAGAGGGUAUAGAGAAAUCUGAAGCCCCUACUGGAAGAGAAGCAUGGAGGACCCCCCUCAGGUCCCCAAAGUGCUCCCCAUGGGAGAGAGACAACGGACACUUCUACAGAUGGGUGAGGCAAAGUCUCUUGACCCGAUACCAGCUAGGCUGGGCAGCGCAGCCCAGCAGCUCCUCAGAGUUUAGGAGCUUCUCCGUGGGAAGGGGGCUGCCAAGCAUGAGGAAACGCAAGCUGAGAAGGCCCUGCUCUCUGGGAGCUGCCAGCAGAAGGGAUGGGGCUCAGAUGAGUACCAUCUCCAUCUUGCUCAAGCUCUUGCUUCCUCAGCUUCUAAGACGGAAGGCAGAGGUUCUGUGGGGCCAAGGACUGGAAAAGGUGGAUGUCUUCUUCCCAUGUUCACUUUGAACCUCUUAGAGCCAACCUGUCCCUUUAGUGACAGGCGGGUUGGAGACAUCUGGCCUCCAUAUGUCCCUUUGUCCCUGAACCAGGCUUCUCUUUGUAUUUCCCCAAGUCGGACUCUCUUCUUCAACCC